CGCUUUAGAAUUUAGAAAACAGACAAGGAGCCGCUCCUGUGUCUGACUUUCAGCGCCUUCAGGAAGAACAAAACCAAGCAGAAAUGAAGCUGCUACUCUGUCUCGCUUUUCUGGCUGCUGUUUGCUGCUCAGUGAACUCCAAAGAGACUCCACCCAAAGUCCAGGUGUACAGCCGUGACCCCGGGGAGUAUGGGAAGGACAACACUCUUAUUUGCCACGUGAGCAACUUCCACCCCCCUGACAUCACCAUCGACCUCCUCUGCAAUGACGCCCCCCUCCCCAAUCCCAAGCAGACCGAUCUGGCCUUCAAACAGGACUGGCACUUCCACCUGACAAAGAGCGCCAGCUUCACUCCAAACAACGGGGAGAAGUGCACCUGCAGGGUCACUCAUAUGGGAAACCAGAAAGACUAUGCUUGGGAGCCCAACAUGUAAGCGCAGAAGGCCAUGCAGAAUCACACCAGAUGUUCUGUCCUCCUCUACAGCAUCAUUGAUUUAUCGUUUCAUCACCAUGCUACAGCAGUUUUCCUCAGUUUUGCUCUCUCUUUCAGUCUAAGAAAAAUCAGGAGUUAGUUAGAAAGGUGAUGGGAAAUCUUUAGGCUUUUUCAGUUAACAGACACAAGGCUAAGGCUUAUAACUAUGUUGUAAUUUAAGCGUGUUGUUUUUAUUUCUUUACAUCCUGUAAAUGAUUUUUUUUCUUGUUUAAUAUGUAAACCUUGUAAGUUAGAUUCUUUCUAGGAUAAUUGGCCAGAUUAAACAAGGUGGCGGAGGUCUGCCGUUUUUUUUCUAUUGAUUUUUGGUUUAAGAUUAUUGUCAAUAAAUAAAGGCCUCUUGAUAAUA